AUGGAAUAUCAAAUAAGGGAGGAUUCAAUGGAAUCCACAACCUCAUCUACUGCUAGCUCGAUAUUCUCAAGCACUCAGAAAACUCCAGAAAGUCCUCAAACAAAUUCACCUCCGGGACGUGGCAGAUUCAAUAAUAAAGCUAUAAAGAAACAUUCACAUGCAUCGGCGAAUAAGAAUGUAAGAGAAUUGAGAGAUUUAUUAGAAGACUCAAAUAAAUAUUAUCCUAGUUAUGAGUACAGUAUGCCAACUGGUUAUUUGAAAAGCUCUUCAAAGGGUAAAGGAUUAAACAACGCAGAUGAUAUUACUUCAUCAGAAUCUAAUGAUAAAAAUAUAGCUAAAAAAUCAUCAGAGAAUAAUAAAAAUUUGAAACCUAAUGAAAAGGUUUCAGGGAAAGUUUUAAAGAAGAAGAUAAUAAAGAAAAAGGUAAUUCCUGGAAAGAGAAAAUACAGAAAAAAUGGUACACUAGCCAUGAAAAAUGUUCCUCCAAAGAGGAAGUAUACGACUAAGAAAAAAUCACAUAAAAUAGAAGAUAAACCUUUUAUGACGGAGGAAGGUACUACUUCUCUUAGCAGUUCAAAGUCCGAAACAGAGUUGCAUUCACAACAUAUUGACAGUAGCCAUGGUAAACCCAAUAUUAAGAUAAAAAGAAAUGAAAAAGAAAAAGAAAACAAUGAAGAUGAACCAACAAAUUUUAUUGAUCUUGAUGGUCCUCGAAUUCCAGUUAGACCUAACUUCUUUGAUAUUCAGGGUUUACUUGAAAGUGAAUUUUAUAAUGGUAAACCAACAGAUUCUAUGAUUCUUUCCACACAUUCACAUCCAACUACUCAGGGUUCUCAUAAGAGAGAUACACCAGAGGGUAUGAUCCCCACUGUUAAGUUACAAAGUGUUUUAUACCAGAAUUACCAAGAAGAAUAUAAAGUUAUUUUCCAUGAUGCGUGUGAUAUCUUCAACCCAAUGGCAGAAGUCGGUAAACUAAUAGAAUACUCGGUAAUUAUAUACUUACCGACCGAUUAUUCUGAAAUUGUAAAACGUGAUAUUAUACCAAUAUUAAACACCGCAUUUGACAAUUCGGAUACUAAUCUAUUUAUUGAAACGGUGAAUAAGUAUAAUAAGUUAAUACGUGAAAUACCGAGAAGGGACAUCAUUGACCAUUUAUGCGGUUUAACAGAAAUACCAGUAUCUUUUAUCCAUGACUUACUUCACAUUAUCUAUACAAGAAGUAUACAUCCCGAUGCUGGUAAAUUAAGACAUUAUAAAGCAUUCUCGAAUUACGUAUAUGGUGAACUUUUACCCGGUUUCUUAACUGAUGUCUACAAUCAAUGUAAUUUAAGUCCUGAUAUGCUUUUUAUGGACCUUGGAUCCGGUGUUGGUAACUGUGUUAUCCAAGCUGGGUUAGAAUUUGGUUGUAAAUUAAGUUUAGGUUGUGAAAUUAUGCCAGAUGCUAGUGAUUUGACAGAGAUCCAAAUGAAAGAAUUCAACCAACGUUGUAAAUUGAUGGGUCUAAAAGUUCCUGCUUUUGAAUUCAGAUUACGUGAAAGUUUCGUUGAUAAUCCUCGAAUUAUUGAGCUUAUUUCUCAAUGUGAUGUAAUGCUGGUUAACAAUUUCUUAUUUGAUAGUAAAUUAAACAAAGAGGUAGAAAAAUUGUUACAACAUGCAAAGAUUGGUUGUAAAAUUAUCAGUUUAAAAAAUUUAAGAAGUUUUGGUUAUACGAUAGAUUUUUAUAACGUUGAUAAUAUCCUUAACAGAUUACAAAUUAAAAAACAAAAAUUUAAAGAGAAUAGCGUAUCGUGGACUCAUACAGGUGGUGAAUAUUAUAUUUCUACUGUAUUAGAAGAAGUAGAUGAAUCAUUAUUUUCAUCUACUAGCAGAUUUAGAGCAUUGAAAAAAGAUUUCAAAUAUACCAGAUAA